AUGGUUGGCCCACCGAGCAUUCUGAGCACGUCAGCGACGCCAACUCAGAAGUCCUUGUACAAUCAGCCAUCUUAUAGCACGCUCAAUGGGAGGACGAGCUCCGAUCGAGAUGGGUUACAACCUGGGCCUAUGGGCAAUGGCACUCGCGCCAUGUCCAACUCGUCCGCGUCCUACGGCCCCCGAGGCUCUUCUUUGGCUCCAUCUCCUGCCCCAGGAAGCUUCAGCUCAAAUAUGCGCAGUCAACUUGCGCCCUCUAGAGCCGGUUCUGGUUUGGAUGUGAAUGCCUCUAUGGUCAACUUGGAGCGUCUGAACGAGGAUGAUGGAGUAAUACCCGAGCAGAUACUGGCGAGCUUGCGCGAAUCCUUGAAUAGAGAAAUGAAGAUCAAAGAAGGGAGCGAGAAUAUGCUGGAGGCAUUGAAUACGAAGAAGGCUAAGCAGACCAAGGAACAACGGCAGCGCGUCGAAGCAGAGCUCAAUUCUUCCAACCAGAAGAUCAAGGAGCUAAGGAACCAGAUCUCAGAACUACAGAGACCGAAGAUACCUACAACUCCAACAAGGUCGCGAAUGGAAGUUAUGUUUCAGAGCAGUAGUGGAUUGCGUUCGCCUCCCAGCGCAACGAGAAGCGCUGGCGGUUCUGAGUUGGAUGAGCCAGCAGAAUCGCCCACAUAUGCUCUUGCAGAGAUCUUACAGGCUUUGGAGACUGAGGGAUUGACUCCGGACUACUACGUCGGACAUGCGAACAACCUCGUCGAGCUAUUCAAAAGAUACCCAAUGCUGAAGUAUGACCUUGUGUGGUCCAUAUUCGGGCUAAGGAUGCAAGUGAUGCUCCUUAGUGAUAGUCGAGAUGUCGUGGCAGCUGGAUACAGAAUGACGCGAUACGCUAUGUCAGAUGUUGCGUCGCUGCAGAAAAUCAGAGCUUUAAACACGGACUAUUUGGUUAUUCUCUCCCUUAUCAAAGAAAGAAAAGCGGACGUCGAACGUGAACAAGCACUGAAGUUCGUGCGUGCUUUUCUAGACAUUAAAGACGGCGUGAAAGAGCUUUCCAGGGGCGUUGUAAGGACGAUAGCAUCUGUUGCUGAACACACCGAAGACCGACUGAGAUCAAUAUGCAUCGAAACCUUAGCUGAAAUCAUGGUCCGUGAUCCAGAGCUUCUCAUGGCCUCUGGUGGACUGAGACCAUUGGCCGAUGCCUUAGGUGAAGGGACUUACGAAGGUUCAGAAAGUCUUACAGCGGCAUUCUUGUACCUACUAGACGCCCCAGAGCGUCGAAAGUACCUCCGUUCUGGUUACGAGCUCGAGGUUCUCUUCACAGCUUUCACUGACUCUCUGUUUGCAAAGGAGAGCAUUUUGAAGCAAAAUUCGAAAUCGAUCGCAUAUGCACUAAAAUCAUGGUCUGGUCUUAUGACUUUGUCUAUGUACAAUUUCAGAGCAAUUCGGUCGUUGGUUCAUUGCUUGAUGCUACCAAACCCGUCAAUACGUGAAACGGUCAUCGAUUUGCUUUAUUUGCUCCUUCGAAUUAAAUCACCUUUCUGGGCAACUUCGUUCUUGGCGGGCAGGCGACUCACUACGUAUGGACGGGUAGCAAAUCUAAAGGCGGCUCCACAGAAGAUUACUCAACCUGUUGAUGAUGAAUCUGGAGAUAAGAGCUUCGUCGACCACUAUACAGCACUCAUUCUUGCAGUCUUGAUCUCAUGUGAUCUACUUCAUGCGUUAUUACAAGUAACGAGAGAAGCCGACAACUCCAUGCUCAAGAGAAAAACUACUCUGCUGAUUGGCGAAGUCCUCAAACUUGCUAGCAAUCUGCUACCGUCAUCCUGGAGUAGUCAGCUUCAACUGCUUCCUGAGCUUUUCACCGCAGCCUCCCAUUUCGGAAAAGAGGACAGAUUUGAUGCAACGGGGACUGUCUACCAAAUUAGUAGUAUAAGUCGAACACUCUAUCGGACGACUCCUUCUGCUGCUGGAGCUCUGGCUAUCAACCACAGUAGCGACAACUUGACAAUUUUGGAGGAUCAGCCCAAACUCAAUCCAAAUCUCUCACUUGACGAGACGACAUUUCGGCAACUGCUGGUAGAGACGCAAGUCCUUACAAGCUCAAAUUCAUUAAAGUGGAAAUGGGAUAUCAUCUUAAAGGUCAUCGAAGGCCCCCUACUCAAUGGGAAGCGCCUUGAUGAAGCCAUCAAAGCAUCAAAAUUCAUUAAAAGAAUCAUGAGUUUCUACAGACCAUUCAAAUACAAAUUCGCUGAAGUUCGAAACACACGAAUUCAUUCCAAGUAUGUCAGGGUUGGAUGCGCCCUCAUGCAUACACUUCUUCAAACCACGGAGGGUGUCAAGUAUCUGGUCGAUAACAAGCUGCUAAGGCAAAUUGCAGAGUGCUUAGCACAGUGUGAUCCGACAAGCGGCUUGACAGCAUCAUCACCGAUGUUUUCCAGGGAACGUCUUUCCGAGACCUUAUGCUCUGGUUACUUUGCAAUGAUUGGUACUUUGACUGGUGAUGUGAAAGGUCUUGCCAUGCUUGACAGAUGGCGGAUGAUCAAUAUGAUGUAUCACAUCAUUGACCUAAAACAAAGACCCGAUCUCAUCAAGCUUCUGCUUUCAAAUUUCAAUUACACUCUACAAGGCCAUCCAAGAGUGCUUCUUUCGAAGGCUCUAACUGCAGGUUCGAAAGAAAUACGAAUAUAUGCUACCAAUGUUUUAAGAAGAUACUCAAGCCGAUCAAGACCCAGUGGCCCAGGAAACCAAGGUGUAGGCGAUUCGAAAUGGGCUAUUCAGCUUCUGGUUACCCAGUUGUAUGAUCCAGAAGUGGAAGUUUGCGCAACCGCUAUUAAGAUCCUCGAAGAAGCCUGCAAUCGGAAAGACUAUCUGGAAUACAUUGUUCAGUGCCGUCCGGCUCUAGACCACCUUGGGGAGAUUGGCGCGCCUUUACUUCUGCGAUUUCUCUCCACCUCAAUUGGGUAUCACUAUCUUGACGGUCUAGACUACAUUAGCAAUGAGAUGGACGACUGGUUCCUGGGACGAAAUGAUACUUAUGUUGGUGUCAUCGAAGCCAGCUUAGCACGUUCGUUUGUUGAGAUCCAGGAGGACACGUCAAAUCGAAUGAGCAUGGACGAGGAUAAUUUCUUCAUGGAAGGCGAUAACGAUGCUCACGUACCUCCGCACUUCUAUCGAGAGCUGACCAGGACAAAAGAAGGCUGUAAGCUUUUGCGUGAUAAAGGUCACUUCGAAGAGUUCGCUGCCACAAUUCGUGACUACGGAAUGCUGUCCAACGAUGCAGAACUGAUUCUCAAAGUCAAAGGAUGUCUAUGGGCUGUGGGCAAUGUUGGAUCGAUGGAGCUAGGAGCACCUUUCCUCGAAGAAUCAGAUGUAAUUGAGAACAUCGUGAAGAUCGCCGAAUCCCACGAGAUUAUGAGUCUGCGGGGAACUGCAUUCUUCGUACUAGGUCUCAUUUCACGAAGCGUACAUGGGCUUGAGAUCUUAUCCGAGUACAAUUGGGACAGCAAUACAACUACAAUGGGCGUAUCACUUGGCCUCUGCAUACCACAGGAUCUGAGCAAGUUCUUCUCCUACCAACCUUGGAAGCACGAGAAAGUCAUAGACAUCGUCAUGACGGACCAGCAGCGAAAAGCCUCCUCAGAGGCCAGGCGAGAUGACGACCCCGUCAACCAACGGAUACUUGAACUCAUCACCGACCUCGGCAACACAGUGUUGCAAAAGAAAGCAAUGACAGAACUGAUGCACAUCAAAGGCAAGAAAGCACCAGGCUUCAAACAACCAGCUCUAUUCCGGAAGAUCAUGAUCCUGCUCGAAUCCCACCAUUUCCGUCUCGGCGUCCGGCAUUUCGUAGCCGAGCUCUUCGACCGCAGUCUCCUAAGACGAAUCGUCUUCGAAGAAGAAAGUAGCGACGAGGAUAUGGUGAGCGAUAACGAUGAUGCGAGUGAAGGCAGAACCGAACGACAGAGAAGCAUCAGCGACCCUUCUGAACUUGGGAUCAAGAAUGGAGUUCUGGGAUAG